AUGGCGCGACUACCAAACGUCCUCAUUACUGGGACCCCAGGCACCGGCAAGACGACCACCAGUGAACAGGCGCGCCGCUGCAUGCUCAUCCAGCGCGGCCCUGGACAGGUGGCGUCUGCUACCGGGCUGCGUCUCAUCAGCGUGGGCGACUGGGUCAAGGAGAAGGAGCUGCACAGCGGGUGGGAUGCCGAGCACGAGGCCUUCAUCCUGGAUGAAGACAAGGUGUGCGAUGCAAUGGAGGACGCCUUGUCAGCGGGGGGCAACGUGGUGGACUACCAUUCUUGCGACUUUUUCCCGGAGAGGUGGUUUGACCUGGUGGUCGUGCUGCAGGCGGACAACACGGUGCUGUACGAGCGGCUGGAGAAGCGCGGCUACCCGCAGGCCAAGGUGCAGGAGAACGUGCAGUGCGAGAUCAUGAUGGUGCUGCUGGAGGAGGCGCGCGACAGCUACCGGGAAGAGAUUGUCGUGCCGCUGACCAGCAACACUGUUGAGGAGAUGGAGUCCAAUGUGGCGCGCAUCACCCAGUGGGUGGCCGACUACCGGCGGCAACACUCAGUCUGA